CACAUGACCCCCUCUGCUCCAGUCUGGACUUUAACAGCGUCGACGAGCGUCUCCUUUGUUUUCUUCCGCAUUUCAAAUGAAACAUCCUCUGAAACCUUCCUGCGAGAGAAGAACUCGAGUGGACGCAGUUUCCUGGAGCUCGAAGUGAAGCUGGACUCAUGAAAACAGUAAAGACUCAGUGACCUGAUACUGAAUCUGCACAAGGAAGCUCUGAGCGGACAAAGCUGAUGCUGAAGUCAGAUGACGCUUUGAACAUGACCAUGAAAAUGGACGUCCCUUACAAUCAGCUGGUGAACGUGGAGGAGAGGAGGCAAGAGAGCAGAAAAACACUGAUGUACUCCAGGUGGGGGUUAGCACUGGCCACGUUAGCCACUGUGCUGCUGGCUGCCAUGGCCAUCUACAACCUCCUCACGCCCAGGUUUACCCCCUCCCACCCGGCCCCGAGCAGCAGCCUCCGUCUGCCCAAGACAUUUCCUCUGGUCUCUUCUGUCAGGAUUGUUCUGGUGGAGAGUAUCCCUGAAGGUCUGGAGUUUAACUCCAGCACCACUCACCCCUCCAUCUUCCAGGCCUGGCUCAGUCUGGCAGCCGAGGCUCGCAGCAGUCUCGACAUCGCCUCCUUCUACUGGACGCUCAGCAACAAAGACACUGGCACCCACGAGCCGACAGCCUAUCAGGGUGAAGCCAUCCUGCAGAAACUGGCUGAAGUUUCAGGGAAGGUGUCCGUUCGUAUCGCCGUCAACACGCCGCAAGAGAGUCAACCUCAGGACGACCUCCGGCUGCUCAACAGCUCAGGAGCUGACAUCAGGACAGUGAACAUGAGAGAGCUCACUUCAGGUGUCCUACACACUAAGUUCUGGGUCGUUGACAAGAAGCACAUCUACAUCGGCAGUGCCAACAUGGACUGGAGGUCCCUCACACAGGUGAAGGAGCUGGGCGCUGUCGUCUAUAACUGCAGCUGUUUGGCCGAAGACUUGAGUAAGAUCUUUGAUGCCUAUUGGCUCCUGGGGGAGAGUCAGUCCAUCCCAUCGCCGUGGCCAGUCAGCUUCUCCACCCUCUACAACAAGGACACGCCUCUGCAGCUCACCAACACGCCGGCCAGCGUUUAUCUAUCGAGUUCCCCUCCGUCGUUCUGUGCCGCCGGCCGGACUCCAGACCUCCAGUCCGUCCUCAGUGUGAUGGACGAUGCUUACAGCUUCAUCUACAUCGCUGUGAUGAACUACCUGCCCACCAUGGAGUUCUCCCACCCUAAAAGGUACUGGGCAGACAUUGACACCCAGCUUAGGAGAGUGGCUUACGAGAAGCGGGUCAAAGUUCGCCUGUUGAUCAGCUGCUGGGCGAGCACCCAGCCCGUCAUGAUCCCCUUCCUGAAGUCUCUGGCCUCCGUUUACGAGCCCAAGAGCAAACUUGACAUCCAGGUGAGGCUGUUCGUGGUUCCUGCCAGCCCCAAGCAGAAGGAGAUUCCCUUCGCCAGAGUCAACCACAACAAGUACAUGGUGACGGACAAGGUCGCUUAUAUAGGUACGUCGAACUGGUCAGGUGACUACUUUACGAACACCGCUGGCUCGGCACUGGUUGUCAAUCAGACCGCAUCACAGUCCCCGGAGCCGACCGUCCAAUCCCAGCUGAAGGCCGUGUUCGAGAGGGACUGGAACUCCGACUACAGCACGCCUCUCACCCAAAACUCAGACCUCAAAGUCAUCUGUUAGUUUCAACAGCCAAUAGUUCAAAACCCCGGAGCUGCACCACAGUUGGGCUCCUCUGUUUAACGUGUACAGAGCUGGAGUUGCACACUUAUGUCUUCAGUUUCUCAAAUAGAAAAAGCCCUGAGCUGAAACAUCAGCUGCAGACAAACCCUCGGUGGAGCCAAGAUAUCUCUGUGUGCUUGGGUCCAAAGAAAGAAUAAAACUUCCAGUUGACUUGUUUUACCACAGCUUUAGUGCCAAACUCCACCGUGAGAGAAAAACGCCUUCAAACCACUGAACAGCUCAGUAACUGUUCCAGGCUACUUCAGUGUUACUAAGACGAGAGAGUCUUUACGUCUCUUUGCUGUUCCGAUCAAAGCUUUUUGUUUCUGUGUUGCAUCAUGAGAUCAGCACAGAGUCAGUCUCAGCUGUCAAUCAUGAUGUUUCACCCCUUUAAUGAACACUUGAAAACACAUCGAGUGAUAAGAAAGUACAUAAACCUAACGGCAGAAACCUUCUUUAAGAGAAAUGUAUUUGAUGUGCGCUUUGUUAAGCUUUGCCAAUGUCCCAUCUGCUAACAUGGAGGAGGCUGAGUUUAUUACCUACACUACAGCCAGCCACCCGGGGGCGAUCAAGAGGAUUUGCUCUACUUUUUCAAUGUUAAUUGAUAGCUUUCUCAUUUUAAAGAUCAACCACUUUUGUUUUUCCUUCACACAACUUCCGAGUUGUUUUUAUCUUCGCUCAUCUCAGGGAGAAAAUAUUGUGUUUUCUUAACGGAUCAUUUAUCUUUGCUGGACUUUGCUGUGCCUGUACUCUAAUUAUAAAAUAGGAUUUAGGAUUUUAAACUCGCUGUUUUUAAAUACAUUAGAUUUGAGAAGUUUGCAGCUGUAGUGAUUGACGAUGAUCAAAUUUACUUUCCACUGUGUGGAGUGAAUUAAAACUUCUAAUUAGCGAAGACAUGGUUGUUAUGGCAACUGUCCAAAGAAGCGUGUUUACAUGGGUACGACAAAAAGCUCUGGAGCAGUCCCGUGCCCCAGCAGCUGAUUCACAACCAAGGCUGUCCAUUUAAAACGUGACAGACUGGUCCCUGCUCCACCAGUGCUGCCUCACACCACUGUCACUGGUUUAACCUCCACUAUCCAAGCCUCCACCUUUUCUAGUUCAGAGUCGUAACAAGGAUCCAAAGUGUAAAAUGUGACCUGGGAGCUUUUAAACAAGUGGAGCCAUCAGCACCGAGCCUGUUUCCUUUUGCUGCAAUAAAUGGUUUAAUGACGA